AGUAAAAAAAAAAAAAGAGACAGCAUUUGCUUGGAAAAAGGAAGUGAGAGUAGUGCCGACAUCCACUGCAAGCCUCGCGUUUCCACAUUUGAAUUUUCGCGUUUACACCCAAACCUCACGGCAAGUAUUUUCCAUGGCGGGUGGCUCUCUCUCUUCUUCGUGAAGCUCUCGUCUCACAACCAAUCCAUUUCGAAUUCUCAGUUUCCUACUCUGGAGUUGGCCUCCACAAUGGCCUCACCAGCGCCGUCGAUGGCGUUUUUGCUGUCGCUGCUUCUCUUCGCCGGGAUGUGUUCGUUGUCGUCUUCCGACUACUUGAUCGGCGUCGGAAGCUAUGACAUCACCGGUCCGGCCGCCGACGUCAACAUGAUGGGUUACGCGAACUCCGACCAGAUCGCUUCCGGUGUCCAUUUCCGAUUACGAGCUCGUGCCUUCAUCGUCGCCGAGCCUCGCGGGAAUCGCGUCGCGUUUGUGAAUCUCGACGCGUGUAUGGCGUCUCAGAUCGUCACCAUCAAAGUCCUCGAGCGGCUCAAAUCCAGGUAUGGAGAUCUUUACACUGAGAAAAACGUGGCAAUAAGUGGAAUUCACACCCACGCCGGACCAGGAGGCUAUCUCCAGUACGUUACUUACAUCGUGACAUCUCUAGGGUUCGUUCGUCAAUCCUUUGACGUCAUUGUCGAUGGCAUUGAGCAAAGCAUUGUCCAGGCUCACGAGAGUCUCAGGCCCGGUUCGGUCUUCGUCAACAGCGGAGAGCUCUUGGAUGCUGGCGUGAACCGUAGUCCCAGCGCUUAUCUCAACAACCCUGCAUCUGAAAGGAGUAUAUACAAGUACGAUGUCGACAAAGAGAUGGCACUCCUCAAGUUUGUAGAUUCUCGCUCCGGCCCGAUUGCUAGCUUCAACUGGUUUGCAACUCACGGGACUUCCAUGAGCCGUACAAAUUCGCUGAUAAGUGGAGAUAACAAAGGCACUGCAGCUCGGUUAAUGGAGGACUGGUUUCAGCAGAGAGCUCCUGUCCGAACCGAGAUGGGGGAAAUUCCUCGGCGGGUUUCAACCCUUGUUUCAGACAUGAACAAGAACCAUAGCAGGCUUUUGGAAAUUGCUGCUUCUUAUAAGUCUUCUAAAGGGCAACCUGUGACGAAUCCCCUCGACGCAAAAGUAAGAGUGAGGAAAGAUUCUAGUCGUAGUUUUGUCUCGGCAUUCUGUCAAUCAAAUUGCGGAGACGUGAGUCCAAACGUUCUCGGCGCAUUUUGCAUUGACACUGGGCUGCCUUGUGAUUUCAAUCACAGUACCUGCAACGGGAAGAAUGAAUUGUGCUAUGGCCGUGGCCCAGGAUACCCUGAUGAAUUCGAGAGCACACGUAUAAUUGGAGAAAGGCAGUUCAAAAAGGCUUCGGAACUUUUUAACAAAGCAACAGAGCAGCUGAAGGGAAGGAUCGGGUAUCAGCACGCGUAUGUGGAUUUCUCGAAACUGGAAGUCUCGGUUUCUAAACCGGGUGGCUUUGAAACUGUCAAGACAUGCCCGGCUGCAAUGGGUUUCGGCUUUGCUGCAGGAACUACUGAUGGACCCGGAGCUUUCGAUUUCAGACAAGGAGAUGACAAGGGAAAUGCUUUCUGGAAGUUAGUGAGGAAUGUUCUGAGAACUCCGGGACCCGAACAGGUCGAAUGCCAGAAACCGAAGCCCAUCCUGCUCGAUACCGGAGAAAUGAAGAUACCUUAUGACUGGGCACCCUCGAUUCUUCCGGUUCAGAUACUACGCAUUGGCCAGUUCGUCAUCCUCAGUGUCCCAGGAGAAUUCACAACAAUGGCGGGAAGGCGUCUCCGAGAGGCUGUGAGAUCGGUUCUCGCCUCCUCGGCCAGCAAGGAGUUCGGAAACAACGUCCAUAUCGUCAUAGCAGGUCUGACAAACACUUACUCUCAGUACGUUACCACCUUCGAGGAGUAUGAAGUUCAAAGAUACGAGGGAGCCUCGACGCUGUACGGACCGCACACACUCAGCGCCUACAUCCAAGAAUUCAAGAAACUAGCCACGGCGCUGGUCAACGGUCAAACCAUCGAGUCGGGCCCGCAACCGCCUGACCUGCUGAGCAAGCAGAUAAGCCUGCUGGCACCGGUCGUGGUGGAUGUCACCCCGCUCGGCGUGAGCUUCGGCGACGUGAAAUCUGAUGUGGCCCCGAACUCGAGGUUCGCCCGGGGCGGUGGGGCGCAAGUGAACGUGACGUUCUGGUCGGCAUGUCCGAGGAACGACCUGAUGACGGAGGGCUCGUUCGCUUUGGUCGAGAGGCUAAUCGACGGCGGCGGAGGGAGGUGGCUCCCGGUCUACGACGACGAUGACUUGUGUCUCAAGUUCAAGUGGUCGAGGCCGACGAGACUGAGUCCCGAGAGCUACGGGAGGAUAGAGUGGCGGAUCCCCGACUCGGCCUCGGCCGGGGUUUAUCGGAUACGGCACUUCGGAGCUUCCAAGUCUCUUCUCGGUUCCAUUACUACGUUCUCUGGCACUUCCAGUGCUUUUGCAGUUGUAUGACUAUGAGUUGGAAGAUACUACUACUAAAAUGAUAUAUUUAUUGGAAAAAAAAGAAAAGAAAAAGGAAAUUAAAAAAAGGGACUGUGCCACGUGGGCUAUA